CCGCUGAUGCGAACGUGCUGGACAACAUGUUGCUGAGGAACUCUGGGAAGGUGACGAUGGACAGUCGUAAAGAAGAGGGAGGGAGCACGGCCCCGGUGCCGCCGGAGAGAACGCUGUGGUGUCACUGUUACCAUCACUGCCCCGAAGACUCCACCAAUAAUACCUGCAAGACAGAUGGUUACUGCUUCACUAUGGUUGAAGAAGAGGACAGUGGGCCACCGGUACUUACCUCAGGCUGCCUGGGACUGGUGGGCUCCGAAUUUCAGUGCAGGGACACCGGCAACUCUCGACGACGGAGGAUUCUGGAAUGCUGCACCGACCAAGACUACUGCAACCGUGACCUGCAUCCCACCCUGCCCCCCCUGAACAACCCCAACUACAUGGACAGCAGCAUUCAUCACAUGGCACUGUUUGUCUCUGUGACAGUCUGCAGCAUCAUCCUGGUCCUCCUUAUCAUUUUCUGUUACUUCAGGUAUAAACGUCAGGAGUCCAGGCCAAGGUACAGCAUUGGUCUGGAGCAGGAUGAGACCUACAUUCCCCCUGGAGAGUCCCUUAAAGACCUGAUCGAACAGUCACAGAGCUCUGGCAGUGGAUCGGGACUCCCCCUGCUGGUGCAGCGUACCAUCGCUAAGCAGAUCCAGAUGGUGAAGCAGAUAGGGAAGGGCCGGUACGGGGAGGUGUGGAUGGGCCGAUGGAGAGGAGAGAAAGUAGCUGUGAAGGUCUUCUUCACCACGGAGGAGGCCAGCUGGUUCAGAGAGACGGAGAUCUACCAGACUGUACUAAUGAGACAUGAGAAUAUCCUGGGGUUCAUUGCGGCUGAUAUAAAGGGAACAGGCUCGUGGACGCAGCUCUACUUAAUAACAGACUACCACGAGAGCGGUUCACUCUACGAUUACCUCAAGUCGACCACGCUGGACACCAAAGCCCUGCUACGGCUGGCCUACUCCUCCGUGUCCGGCCUGUGUCACCUCCACACGGAGAUCUUCGGCACGCAGGGCAAACCAGCCAUCGCCCACAGAGACCUGAAGAGCAAAAACAUCCUGGUGAAGAAAAACGGAACCUGCUGCAUCGCCGACCUGGGCCUCGCCGUCAAGUUCAUCAGUGACACCAACGAGGUGGACAUCCCUCCGAACACGCGGGUGGGCACCAAACGCUACAUGCCCCCUGAGGUGCUGGAUGAGAGUUUGAACCGUAAUCACUUCCAGUCCUACAUCAUGGCAGACCUGUACAGCUUUGGCCUGAUUCUGUGGGAAAUGGCCCGAAGAUGUGUGUCUGGAGGUAUCGUGGAGGAGUACCAGUUGCCAUACCAUGACUUGGUGCCCACCGAUCCCUCCUAUGAGGACAUGAGGGAGGUGGUGUGUAUAAAGAGACAGAGGCCUUCCUUUGCCAACCGCUGGUCCAGCGAUGAGUGUCUCAGACAGAUGGGCAAGCUUAUGACGGAGUGCUGGGCACACAACCCAGCCUCCCGUCUCACGGCCCUGCGAGUGAAGAAGACUUUGGCCAAGAUGUCUGAGUCUCAGGACAUUAAGCUGUGA